UUUCCCCUCAAAAAAAAAAAGGUCGUGUGUGUGUUCUCUCGUUUGUUUUCUCCCUGACGCCUCGCCUCCCUCCGGUUCCGCCGCCGAGCCGAAGCCAACUACCGCCGCCGCAGCAGCGCCGGCGAGGUCGCAAGAGGUUACGUUGAGGAUGGCGUCGAGAAGUUCCGCGAGCGAAGCUGGCGGUUCAGGGGCUAAAGUUGUGGCUGCAGAUGAAACACUGCCAGCAUCUGGAAAUGCUGAUGGAUCACAGCAUCAGGUUCACGAUACUGACACAAAAUCUCGUGUGGAGGAUGUUUGGAAGAAAAUGAACAGUGGUUUACCUGCUAAGAUGCCCAAACCUGCAAUGAAUAAGCUAAAUACAGCAGCAAAAGAAAAGAAAAGUAAACCGACAAAUAAUUGGAUGACCGUUUUGGGCAUGUCAACAAGUAAGGCUUCUAUACAGGAUCAGGUCACAAAAAAUGGGCAACAGCAGACACAACACGAGACAAGUGAGGAUGCCAAAACACUUGCAGCAAAUGCUCUUGCAGCUGUCAGAGAUGCUGCUGCCGCUGCAUCUGGAAGAGGGAAAGUGGAGAUAACUGAGGUAAGGGACUUUGCCGGCAAGGAUAUUGAAAUCAAGAAACUUGUGGAUGCCGAUUCAAAAGAAGCGGUCGAGAAGGCUAAGGCAGCAGGUGCGUCCCCAUCUGCUGUCGACAAUAUUCUUGAGCAGAUAAGGAAGAAACAGAAGCUGAGUGUCCUUGACAAGACGAAGAAAGACUGGGGAGAGUUCAAGGUAGAGAACAAGGGCGUGGAGGAGGAGCUGGGCGCGUACAAGAAGAGCUCGAACCAGUACCUUGAUAGGCAGUCAUUCUUGCAGAGAGCUGAUUACAGAGAGUUUGAGCGUGAGAGGGAUGCACGGUUGUCGAUGAUGGCGAAGCGCAAAAGCGAAAAUAUGCAGGAUGAUGACAUGUAGACUUCUGGAAAAGAAGUGUAAUUGUGGCUCUUUGCCCUUUGUGAUGUAUACAUUCUUUUGUGGGAGUGGUGGAAACGUUAUUUGUCAUGCCUUGUUUUCUUGUUUUUUCAAUCUCUUGAUCAGUGUGAAUGAAGAAGGCCUAAGUAUAUCUGUCAA